AUCUUCAUUCAUGCAAACAGCAAAGCAUCGAGUUGGGUAAUUGCAUUGAGGUUGUGUUUCGCCAAAGAAUUGACGGAAUAAUUAACUGAUAACAAAAUAGACCAAAAAAUAUCUAACACAGUUUGGAUUUAUUCCGUUCAGCGGAGACAACGAAGAAAAAAAAUACUAUUAUAUAGAAAUUGAUGGAAAAGACUGUGAAAUUAUUUUGCUUUGUCACACAAUGUGUGACACAAAUAUGUGCGUAAGAUAAAGAAAUUCUCAACUUUUGUGAUGCAGAAAGAAAAGAGAUUUAUCUCACGUGAUUUUCAGGAGAUAAUUAUUUUGUAGGUGGUAUAGUGAUUGGAGCAGAAUAAAAAGCGAGUGAUUUUGAACGGGACGAUGUAAGCGAUAUGGUAACAAUAUAUGUGAACGCUAUUGUAACGAUUAAGAUACGCUGAAUUUAUCUUGAUUUCUCGCUGGUACACAUGAAAGGCACGUAAAGAAUGGAGGAUUAACCAUCAGCCGAAAGAAAUCUGUAUAAAAUAAAUCGCUUUUUAAGAAAUUUGAACUCCAUAGAUGUAUCAUACGGUGAUGGAAGAAGAUACAUUCCGUUUGCAAGGAGAAGAGACUAUUUAACUUUUAAAUUUGAAAAGGGAUAUAUCAUAACUAAAUUGAAGGAUCGCUUGCGCUGAAGUUUUAGAUGAGUAAGAAAGCGGUAUUUGUUAAUAGUCAAAGAUUAAUGAAAAGGACAUAAUUUUAUGAAGGCAAAUAACUUGGACUUAUAAAAGGACACUAAAAAUAUAAUGAAAUGUUUUGACAUGAGCAAAUAAAUUACUUUUACAUAAAACAGGUGACAUUAAAAGAACAUAAAAUGCGUAUUACAUCGGCUACAUAUGACAACGUAGUAUGAAAAGCGCGUUUCAAAUUUCAAAGACAUUGUGGGCCAGUUUGAAUUCUAUAUCUUCACUUAAAUAGUUUAUAUAGCUAUUAAAAGGGCAACAUAUUAACGGCUUUUAGAUGAGAUUGAAAUAUAAAUUAAAUAAUAGUUUAUAUCGUGUACAUGAUAAUUUUUGCCUAUACAUUCUUUUACGACAAAAACGUUCUGAAAAAGGGGUGUAGAAGCACUUUUGUGACAGUUUGUUUGUUAUUAAUGGGAAUUGUUGAAACUUUACGACACGGUAAAGAUCUAGCACCGAUAACGUCACCCCGUAUAGUACACUAAUUAAUUGGAUUACAUUUUUCCCCCGAUGUGUUUGGAGUAAGUCUGACAGCGAACUGAGGUACAAAAACAUGUUUUGUAUAUUCAUAAAUAUCUGUCGACUUUAAUUAGGAUAAAAAACUAUGGAUAUUAUCUAUUGAAAGGAACACAAAACUGAUGACAUCAAAUGUUGAAACUGAUACCUGUAAAUACAAAGACAUGUGUUUUGUUUGUACAAAAACUACAAAAAUGAAAUAAACAAUUAAAUUGAAAUGCUUUAACAUCCCUGCUAACGCAACGACUGAAAGAAGUUUAAAUGAAACAUCGACGGACUUAAACGGAUGUCAAAUUGAUCGUUUUUUUUUUAUUUGAUUGGAGUAAAUUGGAUAAUUUUAUAAAGAUCAGUUAAAUAAGAAAGAUGACACAGAACCCAUUUAUCAUGGUUGAAUUUCACGUUAUGUGACGUGUUCCUACAUUAAAGACAAUAGUUUAAAGGAUACCGGGUUUUUAAAAAUAUAUUCCUGCAGAUGGCAGUAAUUUAGCUUUGCACGUGUGUGUCUUGUAUUUGUCAUGGGAACAUCCUGAUGGAACACGUAUAUUUAUAUUAAAUACAAACAUGUCGGAGCACAGAAUAUCACCCCAGGUGUCCUAUAUGACAUAAAGUAUAACUCUUAUAUUAAGAAAAAAAAAUGGUGUGAAAUUUUCUAAAACUUUUGAUACCGACAAUGGCAGAUGAAGCAGAAAUUGAGAGUGGGAAUGCCUAUGGAAUCCGACUGACCCUUCUGGCACCAAAAGGGCGUGGAGCGGCCUUGGGUCGUAUUUUGUCGUCAUUGACGGACUGGAUAGAUCCCUCAAAACAAAUUGUUGAUGUCGAUGAAAUGCUACCCGAUGAAGACGACAGAAAACAAUUAAAACGACAAAAGAAUAUAAAUGGUUACCUGGUAACACCAGCAAUAAGCGUCAUGUUGUUUGUUCGAGAGACAGGCAAAAUGUGUGUUGAAGAUGUAGAGAAAGUACUCAAGAAGUCUCCGUGGGAGUUCCAUCACAAAGUGGAACUGCACAACAAAAAUGCGCCUCGAACGCCUCUUGCGAAACAAGAGUUCUUCAAGCUUGCCGACGACUUGCCACUAUUUGCAGCUUGCCCAGUUCUUACGGAAAACGAACAUUUGCGUGUCAGCCUCUAUGUGCACAACUUCCCUGCGAUGGUUGAAUUCUAUCGAACAAUAACGGACACGGAAAUUGAAACAAAUAAACCGGAGUUUUGUGUAUUUGAACUAUACCGACAACCCGGACUGGACAUUCAGUUAUCCCUGAAACGGUCUCAGUACAUAUAUCCGGUUCCCGUGGAGUCAGCUUACGUAAGUUUCAACGUCAAAAGUAUCAAAAUGGUUGAGUUAGCAACCGACAAUGAAGUUGAACAUGUGGGCGGAAACGUCUACACAACACGUGACCCUGAUGGAAAUCUUGUCGUUCUUUAUGAAACUGAUCUAAAUCGUUCACACGAUUGUUCUAAUCUUGCCGGCGCUUGCAAAUGCUGCGCUUCCUGUCUUGUCACGGGAGUUAACUCUUUUAAAUUGGAUAACUGUGUUAGUUUUGAUGACGUGAAAAGUCUUAAAAGCACGGCUGAAAGUCAUGAUUCAGGAAGAUAUUCUGAUUUAGAUGGAACAAACAGUGACAAUGUAUUUUAUGUUGAACGGUUCAAAGAUGCUCAAAAACGUAAAAAUAGAAACCAAAGUGAAAAAAGUGAGGGGUAUGCCAGUUCUAGCUCUUCAAGUCUGACGAUAAGAAAUGAAAAUUGUGCUGAAGGAGCGAAAGGCAAAAGUAAAAAUGAAACAGAACUUGCGAAAACCGCAGAAAAAUCUUCUAUCAAGAAAACUAGCUCAAAAAAUUCUAAAUCAGGAAAAGCAGUAAGUCCAGUGUAUAUCUAAACUUUAAACAGUCUCUCUGACAUUGUCAUUUGAAAGUGCAAAAAAGGUAAAACUCGGGCAAAAUGAGAAUUAAUUUCUGGUCUAGACUUAUCCUUGUUUUAUAUCAAAUCCAUACUAGGACAUUUAACAAAAUACUUGAAUGUCUAAAUUAUGUUUUUAUUUAAUUUUUUCGCCAGUGACAUUGGUGUUGUCUUAAAGCUCAGGUUUUGUGUACGAUAAUCAUGCUUUUGUCUUGUGGCAAAAUAGGUCCCGUCAAUUUUUAAUGUAUUGUUGUUUUUUAACUACUUUAUGUAACAUUUGCAGCAAAUACGCAGAAAUGGAAAUUCCGAUAGGCUUUACACAUAGCACAAUGAAAGUUACAAAGUCUUAAGAGUUCUUGCAUAGUUAAAAACAAUGGUAAAUCAUUUGAAACAAUUUUAUACUGUAUAAUUAUGUUGAACACAUUUUGGAUAUGUAUAGAAAUGUUACUGAAACUAUUUUUCCACUUAUAAGGUAAUAUGUAUGUCAUAUGAGCCUGUAACAUUUUCGUUUAUGUCGUGUUGGGCAACCUGUGGUUUUCCACUUUUAAUUUUUAUAUUAUAUCUAUAAAUCAUUUUCAUGAAGAUGCGUGUAAUUAUGAUUUAUGAAAGCUGUGUGUAGAAUAUCCCACUUGUACAGAGUGGAACAAGAAGAAAACUGUAUAAUCUUAUUUCAGUUUUGAACUAACGUUGCAACGCCUUUUCGAUGAAAAUUACUAUUGCAUUAAUAGUUGUAUUAAGUUAAUUUGCAUGUGUUUAGGCUUUAUACCAAAGUGGUCUAUUUUGAUAUUAUAAAUGCUAUCAUGUUUUCAAUCAAAGUUUUUAAUUAUGCGUUUUAAGUAUAAUGUUACCUCAUUUUAAUAAAUUUUGUUCACAUUUUA